GAAUACAAACUUAAAGAUAAACGUUUAAAAUGCGUAGUAUACCGCUAUAUUUAAACUACAUAGGUAAACUGCAAGAAAUUUAUUAAAAACUAGAAAAAAGUAUAAAAACAGAGCUAAUAAGUGAAUCUUCCAUACAAAUGUCGCAGAGACAAGACAAGAAGAGUCUGUUUUGAAAAUGGAUUCAGAAGACAUCACGUUGGAGGAGAAAUGCGAAAAUCUUAUGAACGUGGUCGUUGAAUCUCGUAAAAGAUUUGGAAAAAUGUGUGUAGAAUACGAACAAAAAUCAUCACUUAUGGAGAAUAAAAUGCUUAAUUUACAACUCGAAACCCUAUCUAACCUCAGAUUCAAACCUAUGAGUAAGAUUCUCAACAUAGAUGUAGAUAUUAUGAAGAAGGAAGUGGACAAUUUUGCGGCAGAUAUUUUGGAAAGACAAAAAAGGAUAGAGAAUUUAAAGAAAAAUGUAAGAAAUGCACAGCAUAUAGUUUUACAGCUUAAAGAAGACAAAAUUGACAAGAAGCUUCGAAAACCACUCACUGCAGAGGAAAUGUUAGCAGUUGCUAAAAGCACAAAAUGAAAUGUAUUUGUAAGAUGAAUUUUAUGUCAAGUUAACAUAGUUUUGAGAAAGAUUUUCUAUGAUUAGAGUGAGCAGACCAAUUCCUGUUUCCAUUGAAUUCUCUGUAAAUGUAAACAAUGUUUAGAGAUUCUUAUUUAGAAAUAUAAGUUUAUUUAAGUAUGAAUAUUUUCAACCGAUUUCAAAAGAAGGAGAGGUACUCAAUUUGACUUUUUUUUUAUGUGUCCAGGUGAACUAAUAUUUAUGAUUCUGUUUUAUUUGAAAGCUGGUGCUUCUCAUGUGGUCCCAUAUAAAUUUGAUCAAGAUCUGACCAGUAGUUUUUGUCUUAUCCUUAAUAAUGCUUAUUUAAUUGACUUGGCCCACAUUGAUGAUGUUUUCAUUUUAUUGAAGUUGGUUGUACAAAAAUUUUAAUUUUACCGCUUGUUAGAUUCUUAACUGUAAGUAAAUAUCAGUUUUAUAGGUGGAACAGCUGGGCUUUUCUUAUUUCUGAGAGGACUGGGAGGGCUAAGAGAAAGCAACUAGUCCUUAAUGCCGCAUAUAUGCAUGUGAGACCUUGCAUGUCCCCAAAAUAUUUUUCUCUAACAUGCAGAUGUCAUCACUAUGUUUUCUUUCACUGCCAAUUGAGCUGUAAUUUAGCACUUAAUAUUGUAAUUAAGAAUAUCAAAGGUGCUAGUGUUAACCUAAACUUGGUUCAUAUUUGAUUUAAAAAAUAAAUUUGUGUAAUAAAUUUUUUGAAGAAAUGUGUGAAUGAGGUACAUACAUUUUAUUUAAACAUUUGUAAAUUUUAAUGAUAUUUAUUAAUAACAUCCAUACCAUUAUUGGCCUUCCCCAGAUUGCCUCAUAACUCAUAAACAGGUUUUUGACAUUAUGGCCAUGUUUGACAGGAGAUUUAGCAACUGCAGUUUUAUUAUUAUUUUGAGUUUUUUUGGGGUUGUACCGACACUAAGGGGUUGAUAACCUGAUAACGCUUGAUAAGUCUGAUAAAAUAUAUUUUGGAUAAGUUACAAAUUAUUAAGACUAGAAUUACUGAUAAUAAUGAGUACGCGUAGCGCUCUUGAUAGCUAUAAGCAAACUUAUUUUAUAAUACAAUUGCCGUGGAUAUAUGUAAAAGAGGUCAAGUUGUGAAAUGAUGAUUUGAUAAUUGUACAUUGCAUUUCAUGCUCAUACAGAGUUGUUAAUAGGAAGAUGCUGCUGCCCAUCUCUUGUCACCUCUUACAUCAUCCAUGGGACAAUAUCAUGUAGUGGAUGUUCUAUGUAAAUGUAGUUAAACCUACUUAGUGUUAGUUUUUAGACCUUUUGUAUGCAAAAAACUUAUAAUUACUCAGACUGUCAAAAGUUGUAAGAUAGGUGUUGUUAUCAACUGAACAAAGUCCAAAUGAUAAUAUAAUGAUAUGUUGAUGACAUUUUGGAUUUGCUAAUAUAUUGGCAAGGACGAUGUUUAUGCCAAUUCACUAAAAUGUUUCUGAUUUCGCACUUCAAACAUCAAUGUAACCAUGCCCCUACACUAUUUUCCGAAAGAGUUAUAUCGCAUCAGACAAACUAUUGCCUCUAUUUAAGUUUUAUAGUUGUUAAUAUUACAACACCGCGCAAGUCAAUUUCGCUAACUUUUCAGGAGAGACAAGAAACCUUGUUUAUUGUUUUCACAUCCAGAUAGGUAAUUUAGGGUACAAAAUGUUUGUAGUUUAGAUAAGGAAUCAUUUAAAUAUGCAACGGAAGAGAAGCAGUUUGCUUGCAGUAAGUAAAACAAUUUUUUUAUCAAAUUAUGUCUUUAUUAAUGUAAAAAAGCUGGCGUCCACAAUAAAUGUGUACUUUAUCUAAUAAUCAUACAGUCAUAAUUUAUAUGAAUGUAGUACUAUUUGAGUAGAAUUUGAGUUCUUUUAGACUAGUCUAGACCUUCUAACUGUUUCAUGGACGCUGGCACUAUGCACACCUUUAUCAUUAUAGAAUACAUAAAUAUCAAAUCAAUGUUUCAAGGACAUUAAUUAGUUUAAUUCAAUUCAGUCAUAUAACUUCAAUUUUUUUUGUGUUGUAGAAGUAUAGCCACCUUCAGAGGUAGAAUUUUUAUACAAUUCAGCACAUUAAUGCCUGUUUUUAUUAUUAAAUAAAAUUUCAUGCCAUCAACAGAAAAAAAUGAUCCAUGUCAUCUAGACUUUCUUCAUUGUUUCUCAAUAGUAUCAUUGUUUUUAGUUCUCGUUCUCUUUGCAAUCUCUUGUGAUUUUCUUGGUUUAGCUGAAGUAGAUCUGUAAUUUCAUUCAAUUUUCUUUUAUUUGUUUGGGAUGCAGAUGAUAAACUUGAUAUUUCCGAACAUUGUAUGGAAUUCACUUGUGGUGUACUGGGAUCACUAUAGCUGUGUAGAGCGCGAACUGCUAUAGCUAUUUUUAUCUUGGUUGGAUUGUUGCAUAGUUGGGGAAGACUGAUAUCUUGAUGAAUUCAAAUUUGUAGACCGCUUUCUGUUAGUGGGUACCAAGAACUCUGUUAUCUUUUCAUAUUUCCACUUGCGGGUUUGCUUUCUAGCCUGUCCACUUCUGGUCGCAUUUUUUUUUCUUCAAUGCAUCUCGGUGGCUUUCCCGUAGCCUUUUCGAUUUAGAUUUAGCAGUUAGUUUUAACUGAAAACAAAGCCUUAAUUUAAUACAUAAUAAGGAUAAAUGUGGAGGAUGUCGUGGUGUGUAGGGAGGAUCUGCGUGUGAAGAUGUGGGGGCAGGGGAAGUGACGAAUCUAAGGCCCGGUUUCCACCAAAGCAAAGAGGACAGGAGACGAGAGAUUUGUUUGAAUAAACCAAUUUGAUUUCGUUAUUUCCACAACACAUUUUUAGUACUCAAAUUAUACAACGAGAAAUUAUGAACAGAUAGUUUUGUUUUGUAAUAAAUAGCGCUUGCUUGAAGAAAUGGGGCCAGUUUAACAGAUUCAACAUCUUGUGUAAAGAGAUGAAAUUUUCCAGCUUCUAAUUCUAAACUUCAUCACUGAUAUUUCCUGUUUUAUGACCUACACAAAUGUUGCACUGGUCUUUUUUAUGACGGAAAAGACAGAGAUUGAGCUUUAAAAAUGUGUCAUGAAAUAGUUUCGUCAAACGGGUACGUAGGAAUUUAAUUCGCACGAUUCCUUAUAUUUUUUAUAAAGAUCAGACAUAUUUUCAAACACCGGUUCUAAAUAAGCCUUAUAAACCAUUCUUUGACUCCUAGUGUUCCAAGCAAGAAACAUAUUUCUGCAGACUUGUUGUUUAUUGUCUAUAGUUAAAAAAUAUUCACCGCUUUCAGUUCAUUUCUACCGACUUCAAAAAGGAGGAGGUACUCAAUUCGACUGUAUGUUUUUUAUGUGUUUUCCUUACCUUCCGAUCCUUUUUUCAUUUGAUAGCUGGUGCUUCUAAUGUGGUCCCAUAUAAAUUUGAUCAAGGUCUGACCAAUAGUUUUUGAGUUAUCCUUAAUAAUAUAUAUUGAAGUCGGUUGUACAACAUUAAUAAUUUUAAAUUAUUGAGUCAACACUUAACUACUUUUUUCCCACUUUCAUUACGUGAGAGCAAACAAAUGCUCUGCGUUACUCCCAAGGCAUUCGUUUCCAAAAAACAUUAAAUAAAUGACUGCGUGUCUCCUGAAUUAUGGAAUGACAUGCUCUUAACUUAGGUUUUAAACAAAACGAAGAGUUGCAUAAAGGAUUCAUGUGCCUAGCUGGCUUAAACACAUCGUACAUAGCCUUAAAUUUUUUUCACUCACCUCAGCUUCGGCUUAUUCGUUGCAUUUGGCGACCAGCCUCAACCGCUACGGCUCUCACAGGUGCCUGCGAAAUGCUGGGCGGGGGCUGCUCACCCUCCGCGCCUACAGCUUUACAAAAACACUCUAGGAGUAGGGCAGACAAGAAUACAUGGAGUCUGGGCGUGCUGAUUCAAUUUUAGUACAGAUUCUAUCAGAUCAAAUAUCUAUAAAGUCAGGUUGCCUUCGCUCCCGCUACCACCUUCUAACCUAUUACAACUGAAAGUAUUUCCGAGUGUUCAAGUAUUUCUGGGCAGAUUUAAAUAAUUCAGAAAUAAAACAGUAUAUUAUAAUAGUAAGUAGUAGUAACUAACUUUGGGUCAAUAUUCCCUAAAUCGGAGGUGUCCCUAGAACGGAACUCUAAGGGUAGGUAAGGGUUUUCACACAAUAUUAUGCAAUACAAUAAGAAGAUAAAAAUAAGAUAAGACUAUGGCCAUUUGUAUUACUUAAGUACCAAUUUUAGUCUUAUCAGUCUUCUUUGCGCUUAUUUUUGCUCGAAUAUUACAUUUUAUUUUCCACAGUCCAGGAUGUAUUUAAAAUAUUAUAAAAAAACUUGCGUGUGUGUCGUAGAACACUCGGUUGGAACGAAGUACCAUUCGUAGUAUAUUAUUAUAUUAUUGGUUAACCAAUACAAAUAAAUGCGUCUAUUAAAAUGAAGCGUUAUUUAAAAUAAUAUUUCUUUCAUGGCAAGAUAAGAAAAAGUGCUAGGGAGAUGGAUAUUAUUCCACCCCGCUCGCACUAUAGAAAGGGACCGUGACGAAUAAAUGUUACACUUUUUCUGGCCUAGCCCCCAUCGGUUUCAUUCGUACCGUGCGAUAAGGAACUUCAUUUCAAUAAUUAAAUUAAGUUUAGACGGUAUGUAAUAAUUGUUUAAGGAAAUAUAGUAGACAAGAUUCUUAUUUUGUAUUAUUAGUAUUACCCAAUUUGGUUUCCUUAAGAGUUUUCUUUGUCCAGCAAUUACCCGUCUCACAAUUUUUUGAAUGUCGCGUUCUUAUUGGUGGAAAAGUAAAGAUUGCAAUAGGUAGAUCGAAGCACGCGAAAAAGCUUUAUCCAAUGAAAUCAAAGUUAUGGCAACUGCCGAAAAUCGACUUACGUGGUGUUAUUUAAACGCUAAGAUGUUUUUAAAGUAUAGAUAAGAUAAGUCAUACUCGCUCUAAAAUGGCAAUACGAAAGUCAGGUAAUUGCCCGACUCGCAUUCAGUCGGGCACGUUCUCGUGUCGCGUCGCUAUACUUUCACUACAGCGCGUAAAUCUUCCAGUUAUUCGUGGCAAAAAUGCCUUCCUGUGAUUCUAGGUGGUGCACAAAUUACACGGUAACUGUUACAGACAAGAAAAACAUCUCGUUAAUAUUUUAAAUAUAGAUGUUUUGUUCAUAAUUGGUUUUAUUAUUUCAACAGUAACUGUUAGUGUAAACUUUGACGCUAGCUAGUGUGUUCAUUUUCCGUAUCGGUAUGUCACGCACUCGCGACAAUGAGCGCUCAGCAGCAAUCAAUACGCCACUAAUGAUGUAUAUUCAUCCUUUUCUAACGAUAGGUAUAUAUAUCAUUUGUAUCUUUUUGUUAGCGCAACGUGUCACAAUAAAUAACUGUACGUAGAUAUAGUACUACCUGCGUCACCAAUAAUGUUAGUGUGUAACCUGUUUAUCUUUUUUAAUGUCUUUGUACGUUAUCCUAACUGACUCUUGAAAUUGCCUUUCACCGCAAAACUCAAGGAACUUAAUUAGUGUAUAUUUUAAUUUUCUUUAAAAUUUACCGACUGUAUUGGUAUUGCAGAUAUUUUUAUGAGUGCAUGUCGAUGCAUCACUGUUUAUGAAGAUAUUGAAAAUAAAACUUAUUUUACAC